UGCUACUUCGUUUCGGGUAGUAAGGCAGCUCCUCGAUCGGUGACUAUACGUGAUGCCUCAGCACCGAUGUUUUUGCACUAUUCAAUACAGUUCAUUGCUAGCCACCGAUGCGCGAACCACCGCAACUGUUGCACCGGAUUUUUCAACGUUGUUAUUACAUAUGGUAUAUAAAGACAAUCGAUAAACGGGGGUGUUUUGUGCUUGCAAGUGUUUCGUGCGACUUGUUCGUUAGAGGCUUUUGUUUGUCUUCAAAAGUACAGUAAUUUUGAACGAAGAGAAGAACACGAUUACUGCAGGUUGUUACACGAUUCUAAUAGGGUUAUUAUUUGGGACUGGUACAAACGUCGUCGAACGUUGCUCACGUGCAGUUUCUAAGCUCGCUAUUUCGAGUGUGAGUGAGGCGCCAGCCCGAAUGCAACUCGUUGCUACCCAAAGUUCACGAUGAUGGCCAACAAUCAAGAAAAAUACGGAAAGAAAAUUCCGUACGAUCCAUUAUGGAAGGGACCGGUAGAUGUGGUACGGUUUCCAACUGAUCGCAUCUGGUUGGUAACAUUUUUGCUUUACACAUCAGUUUACAUAGCCAAUGCUAUUUACGGUCUAUCACGUGGUAAUCUAAACAAACUCGACAUACCUUACGAUUAUGCUGAUCGCGCUUGCGGUUUGGAUCCCGAAGUUCAAGAUAAACCUUACCUUCUAAUUCUCGAUUUAAAAAAUUGCUCUGGUCUGGAACAUGAAUGUUUGGCGCCGUCCACCUGUGUCUCUCAAUGUCCCACAGAAAAUUUCAUCUACAAACGAGAAACAAACACGGACAGUUUAGAUAAAGUCAAGGAAAAAUUACACUGCACCGCUGAUAUUAAUGUUACAACAAUAGCGUCUUUCGAUCAAUUAGAUCUUUUGAUUUCGCACAAAAAAUGUGCCAAGUGGUAUUUAAAAAGUGAGCCUUGGAGAAACAAGUGUUUAGCACAGAAUGCCUGGGAGGGACACGAGAACGAAACAAUAUCGAGUGACGAGUUGUUCGAAGUCAGAGUAGCUAUCAAGGAGAUGGAGCACAUUGUACAAAAAUUCUAUAGUUACUCUACUAAAGCCAUGACCCCUACACUCAUCGCAAUAAUUUGUGGCGGAGUCCUCGCUCUAUUAUAUGUCAUUCAAUUGCGAUGGUUCGCCGUUCCCUCUUUCUAUGCAUCGGUUGCUGUGUUUUUGCUUAUUGCUUUCUUUGGAAUUUACAAAUUAAUCGAAGAUUACGUGCGCCAUAAAAAAUCCGACACAUUGAUUUCCCUCAUAUGUGUAUCGAUAAUAGUUCUGUUGGUGAUAGCUCUGAUAAUAACCAUGCGCAAAAACAUUUACUUAGGUUGUCAACUGAUAAAAGAAUCCAGCAAAGCUAUGAUGCAGCUACCGAUGACAUUGAUAUUCCCGAUUCUACCGUACUUACUUUACGUACUCGUAAUUGCGCUGACAACUACUGCGCUUCUGAGCUUCAGCACGAUAACCGUUCCGAAGUAUAUAAUUGAUAGAAUCGGCGAUGGCACCGCUGACGGAUGCCAAUGCCUGGGGAAUUAUACGGAUUUGCUGGACGGUGCGCCCUGCGAUCCCAUCGUUUUUAGCAACGAGUGCAGCGCAAAUGGACAGCCAUGCCAAUUUUUGCAGUGUCGUCAAGACAGAAUAGAGAAUCCGCAGUAUAUAUCAUUUCUCCACACUAUCAAUGUAGUUGGCUUCAUCUGGCUUAUGUUUUUCAUAUCUGGUUUUGAAUAUAUAGUUCUUGGGGGAGCUUUCGCGUCCUGGUAUUGGACUUACAACAAGAACAAUGUGCGCAAAUAUUGCGUACUCGAGAGUCUUUUCCGAGCAACGAGAUUUCAUCUCGGAACUGUGUCAAUUGGCUCGCUUAUUUUAACAGUAUCUCAAAUAGUUAAACUCAUCUUCCGAGCUCUACAAGAUCGACUCAGAAGUACUGGAGCUGGAGCUUGUGCAGGAAGCUUGUGCUUUUGCUUCAGAUACGCAUACGAGAUGCUCGAUUCACUACUUAAUUUUUUGAACUACAAUGCCUACAUUAUGUGUGCAAUUCACGGAAAAGGUUUUUGUCAAUCUGCCAAGAGUGCAUUUAAUUUGAUCAUGAGAAAUCUCAUGAAAAUCGUUGCAGUUGACACGAUCACCGAUUGGAUGUUCAUAAUGGCUAAACUAUUCGUCGCCAGCAUAGCGGUAUUUGGAGUAACUCUGUAUUACUCUUUGACCCUCGACGAGGAAACGACUGAUCCAGAAUUCGUUGGAAUAGCCCUGCUGGGAACAGCUAUUGGAGUUUUUAUAAUCGCAUCGGUAUUCUUUUCCGUGCAAUCUGUAGCUGUCAAGACUAUUUUCCUGUGCUUCAUCGAAGAUUCAGAGAGGAAUGAUGGUACCGAAGAAAAACCCUACUUUAUGAGUAACAAAUUAAUGAAAUUAAUUUAUAAGUAGAUCUAGAAUUAAGAUCUUAAUACAUUGGAAUUCACUGAAAUUUUUAAUGAAGCCAUUUUAAACUUAUAUAUUAUUAUGUGUUAUUUUUUUUAAAUGUACUCACAAUUAAUUGAUAGUUGUUCAUCAUAUUAAAAAUAAGACUGCAGUGAAAGUAUUGAGAAAUAUUUAAUAGCUUUAAAACUUAAUUGUUUCAUAAUU